AUGACAGCUAAGUGCAAGCCGGAUGGUAAAUGGGAAACUAUACAGGACAAAUGCAUCCUGGGUAUUAUCUAUGAUCUGCAAAAUGAAGCUCAGACUUUGAAUGCUGAAAAGCUGACAGGUUUUGUUAAGAAUCUCAGCAACAUCUCUGAGGACAGAAGAGAAAAUAUAACUGCUUCUCCCCCAACAAUUACUGCAAUUGUCAACAUACUUAACAGCAUUUCAAAAGUCCCCAAUGCAACUUUUACCGUCAACAAAAUCGUUAUGCAGGAUUAUCUCUCCACAGUAGAUGUCAUAACAUCAGAUGAAACAGUGGAAACCUGGAGGAGUCUGAAUACAGACAAUGAAACGGAAAGCACCAGCUCUUCACUACUUCAAUCUCUGGAAGAUAUUGGAGACACUCUGUCUAAUACCCCGUUUAAUGUAACAACUACAAGCUCUGAGCUGAACAGGAUCAGUCGUCCAUUGAACGUGACGACAUUUAACGCAGUAUUGGGUGUAAAUGAUACCACUGAAGUAGACAUUCCAAAGAUUGAAGUAAGUUACUUCACCAUUAUGGUGUUCUCUUCUAUGCACAAUGCCUUGCCUGCUAGAAACACCACCAACGUCAAUGACUCCAUCAUCUCAUCGACCGUCAAUGGAGAUGUGGUUUUAGUCAAGCUAAAUAACAUGGUCAACAACAUCUCCUUUACCUUUGACAUCAGGAAUGAAUCACUGGGAAGUCCUCAGUGUGUCUUCUGGAAUUUUGAACUUUUAGAUGGAAUUGGUGGAUGGGAUUCCACAGGAUGUGAACUGAAGCUAGAUCCAGUUGAGACAGGAAAGGUUACCUGUGAAUGUAAUCACACCACCUCCUUUUCAAUUCUCAUGUCACCCUUCCCUAGCAUCCCAGCCUUAUCUUACAUCACUUUUAUAGGGGUGGGGAUUUCCAUGCUCAGUUUAGUUUUGUGUCUUAUCAUAGAGGUUAUAGUUUGGAAGCCACUGACCAGAAAUGACACGUCUUACGUGCGCCAUGUAUCUCUAGUUAACAUUGCCGUCUCCCUUCUGAUUGCUGACAUAUGGUUCAUUAUCGGUGCGGCUAUAGCAGGCGCGGGAAAAGAAACUCCAGUGGGUCCUUGCAGUGCAGCGACGUUUUUCAUCCAUUUUUUUUACCUUGCCCUCUUUUUCUGGAUGCUGCUCUCAGCGCUGUUUCUCCUCUACCGAACCGUCAUGGUCUUCUCCCAGAUGUCGAGAUCCACCAUGAUGUCGAUUGGCUUCUCGGUAGGAUACGGCGCCCCACUCCUUAUUGCAGUCAUUACCGUGGCAGUGACUGCUCCUGGAGGAGGAUACUUCAGAGAGAGAGAUGCUUGUUGGCUCAACUGGGACAAAACACAGGCACUGCUGGGUUUUGUCGUACCUGCCCUGAUCAUCGUGGCCAUAAACAUCCUCAUCAUGAUUGUGGUCGUGUGCAAGAUGCUGAGAAGAGGAGUUGGUGCCGCUACACAGCCAGAUGACCAAAAUGCCAUGGUGGUCAUUGCUAGAUCUGUAGCGCUCUUGACUCCCAUUUUCGGUCUUACCUGGGGAUUUGGCAUCGGGACCAUGGUCAGCUCUGAUGUGGGAAUUCAUGUUGUAUUUGCGAUCUUAAAUUCGCUACAGGGUUUUCUUAUUUUCAUGUUGGGGACGCUUUUGGACAACAGGAUCCGAGAGGAACUUGUAAGAGGAUUUACAAACAACGGAGACACCAGAGCAGAUUCCGGACUGUCAUCCACAAAUAGGCUGAAUUUAAUUCAAAGGAUCCGAAGAAGACGAAGUAAGUAA